AUUUGACAGGAACAACAACGCAACGCCAGAGCAGUCUCACUUUGUUUUGUUCAAACACAACAGAUACACACAAUUUACAACGCGUAUAAUUCAGUGAUAGUUUAGUUUAUAGUGUUUGGCUGACGUGGUGUGUUAUUUCGGAUUGUCAGUUACUUCUAGAGUCCAGAAAAUUAAACUGAAAGUCGUUCUUCAAUAAGUAGGUCAGUUAUGGCUGAGCAGCGAGACUCUGCUCAUGCAACAAUUGCUCCUCUACAGGGUGAGGUUGAGGCUCUCCCCCUCGGGACAUUGUUUAAAUUGACAGAGAUCGCCCUGAUACGAGGCAUAGGCGCUGGGUUCCCAUUCCAUUUGGGCACGGAAAUUCAAGAGUUUGGGAAAUUCGACGACUUGGUUUUCAAGUAUCAAGUGACAACAGGCGAUCAACGUCAACAGUGGCGCUACAAAUUUGUACAGGCCAAGCACAAGUUGGACGAAGGCAACUGUAAAAUAACUUCACAAGAGCUUCGUUCUAGAGACAAUGGCAAUUUCAGCAUCGCCAAAUAUUUCAAGUCUUAUCGCAACGAUAUCAUUAACGAGAGUCAGGGCCGUUGCCCGGAAGCAAUCGACGACGUUGUCAUCUGCACCAAUAUUAAUUUCAACGAAAAUGAAUUAAUUAGAAAUGGAAUCGAGUUGGUGCCUCACAAUGAUCCGUCCGAUAAGAUUUUGACGUUUGACAAAUUGCCUGGAGGCAAAGUUCCACUUCGCUACAAACUGAAAAACACGCAAGUGGUGCGUGAAAUAUUAAAAGAAAAUUGCCCAAUAUUUUACCUGGCCAAGAAAUUGAUGGAAAGCAAAACGGGUGAGAACCGAUUCGAUUUAACUCACGAAAUCUUUCAGAAAUAUCUCCCGGCUUUACUUCACGAAAAUGUCAUCCACUUGCAAAGUAAAUCAUUCCACUUUAAUUUCAUUUACGGCACGAACUUGUCACGCAGCGCCAACGAAAUGCGCAAAAUUCUCAGAGAUUUUUCACAGAGAAAUCACUGGGAAAGAGACUGGCGAAAAUUUACAUUUCACAGAAAAUUGUGGCCGACAACUUUGGGAUCGCAGCUAUUGCCUAAACCUAAUUACGUCACGGAUACAGAAAUCGAAAGUUUCUUGGACAAGUUCGUCUUCGCUGUAAACACUCCGAAUGAGGUCGAAUUGGAUACAAUAAUGAAACGGGAGCUGGGCAAUUAUUACAAUUUGCUGGUCAGCGAUAUACAGUCGAAUAUCUUUUUCAACAAAAUGCUCGACUGGUUCAAGAACCCCGAAUCGCGAUGGAUGACAUCCGACGAAGGGCUUCAUAUGCUCGAAGAAGGUAGAAACAAAAUCGACCUAAUGCGAUCUGAAAUUACAAUCAGUUAUCAAAAUCCUAUGAAUAAAAUUGUGGAAUUGAAAGAAGAAGUGAUUGAAGACACGGCGGGAAAACUGAAACCUUUCCUAACUUCAAACAGCGAUGAGAAAAUGAAUUACAUUUCAACAUACUGGCCGGAUUUCACGGCUGUCAAAGUCGUUUCGGCAAUCAAAACGCUUGCCGAUUAUAAAUGCAGCGACAGCUACUUAAUAGUUUCAUCAAAAUGUUUCGAAAAUCUCGGCGAAAGGGAACAAUUAACCAAGACUUUUGCCAACGAAAAUGCCCACCAUCUUUUAAUCGUCGUUUGUACCGAGGAAGAAUUCAAUUUCGACCGAUACGCUGAUUUUAUUCCAGCCAAUAAAGAAAAGAAGAAAAUACUACUGAUUGUCAAAAGAAGAAUCAACUUGGAUAACUUACACCUCCUCAAUCACGAUGACGCCAUCAGCUACGGGCAAUUGCGUGAAACAUCACAAGACGCAAUCCUCUCAAAGAAAGUCUCGUUUCAAGGCCAAGAUUUACCAGUCCGAGAUUUAAUUGGAUCUGCCAAUCACGAAAAUGUUUUAAAUUUUUUUUCCAUGCGAGAAAUAUUGAGUGAAAAGAAAAUCGUUGUCCCUUCUUCCAAUUCGAUCCGCAGUGAACAAAAUAUUUACAUCAAAAGGCAUUUGACAUUGCCGUUCCGAAUGGACGAGAAAUUUAUGGAUAAACUAUCAAAAGAAUUAAAUUGCCCCGCGAGCGAACUUCAGAAACAGUUGAGAGUUGGUACAGAGGGCAACAUCGUCUGGAUAACCGAGGACCAGCAAAAAAUAUCUGAGAUUUGGAAUAAAAUGAUACAACUGUCGGCGACUAACGGGAAACAGUCGACUGCUUCCCCAUCAUCUGUCAUUUCAGAUGAUGAGCUUAUUUUUUAUCCUAAUGCUAAUGAAAAAGCCGUUAUUAUAUCUGGCGUGGCUGGAACUGGUAAAACAACAAUCUUGUCUUAUUUCUACCGAGAAAUCAAAAAGGCUAAAGCCGAUCACUGGGUCAUCAGAAUAAAUUUGACAGACAAUUUUCAAGCUCUUUCGGAAUUCAGCGCCGACGUGACUAGCCUUUCCAACGCCAUCAACUUUUUCACGGAUAUACCGGCCAUCGUCAACAACAGUUGGUUCGCACGAUCGCUCUUGAGGCACCGGUUGGAAACGAGCGACAGGAUUGUUUUGAUGCUGGACGGAUUCGACGAAAUCGGUGGCCAACUCCAAGAGAAAGUCAUUCUAUUGUUGAACAUUAUUCAGACUAAACUAGCUCGACUUUAUAUCACAACCCGAAACUAUUUCAACGGGAUACUCGAAAAUCAACUCUUCCAAUUCGCCUACACUUUGGAGAAUUUCAACAAACGCCACCAGGCCGACUAUCUCAACGAUUAUUGGAUAUCGAACAUGAAGAAACUAAUAACAGACGGACAAGAAUUGUCGACUCAAGAUCAAAAUUUAACUCAAACAUUUGCGGAAUCAUUGGUUAAUCGAGCGUCGGAAACGCUGGACGGCGAAGAAAUCUCCAUCAUUGGAAUACCUUUGCAAUGCCGGAUUGUUGCCGAAUGCUUCCAGUCGGAACUGCAGCGAAUCAUCCAGAACAAACGAGACGGAAUAGUUGAAGAGGAGAAUCAAAUAUUGGCCGAUCAGAAAUUCGAUUUGCUGAGCAUGUACCGACGUCUAAUGGAAACAAAACGUCAAGUCUUUCGCGAAGAAAAGGCUAGCAAUGCUUCAGCUUCCAACCAAAUCGUAGACUACGCCGUUGAAUGCUUAAUUAAGAAAAUCGAAUCUCACUUGAAUCAAUUGGCCAUCGAAACCAUGUUCAGAGAUCCGGAAAAAGUCAAUCUUUUAUCUCCAGCACUGUUGCCCUAUCAGACAAAGCUCGAAAAGGUUGGCGAAGAAAAGUUCGUGACCGAAUUGGGCCUUAAAUUUGGCCUCACUUUGCAUAGCGACGAAAACACGGAGGUGCAAUUCUGGCACCGAUCCUUCGCCGAGUAUUUAGUGGCUAAAUAUUUUUACGAAGGAUUCCUUCUGGAAGACGAAAGCCACAAUGGAAUAUUAGACAAGGAACCGGUCCGCGAUUUGGUAUUCCAAGUGAUGAGCGAACGCGAGCACGACCACUACGACGGCAUCAAAGUCUUUUUCGACUCCAUGUUAAAGGAACUCGUCCAAAACGAUGACAACUGGCGUGAAAUAGUCGACCGACGAUUAAUCAAUCGACUGCCGGAGAGGCUAAAACAAUACGCGAAUUUCACAAUCAAUCACCACAAUUGCAGGCCUUUGGGAGACGCAAUCUACCGUCAACACACCAACAUAUUCAAGUUCAUUUGCGAUUGUUUCGACGUCAUGUUCGAUUCGACAAAAGUGCGCCAAAUUUUAAACUCUGUGCUGGAUUACAUUAACCCUAGAACCUUCGCCGAUGGUACCUGGAAAGGUCAUUCAAAGAGGAGCACUGCAUUGGCCAGCUUUUACGACCAAAAGUAUCAGGUGUUUCAGCGAUACAUCGGCUACUACAUGGAUCACGCCGAGCGGGACGUCGUGAAACAUAUUUUGGAAGACAUGCUAUACGCACCCAUCUACCUGAGGAAUGACGUUUUAGAUGAAACGUGCCCCGAGUGGUUGCAAGAAAACAAACUCAAAGUGAUGAAACUCAUUUUGGAUUUUCUAGUUAAACACCGAGCGACUUUGAAACCAAUUAUGAGGGCCUCGACGAGAGAUUACGAAAAGCCCGAAGACGUGCUCUACUUCCUGAUAUUUAACGAAUGCUAUCACAGCCAACUCGAGCAGUGGAUAGAGCUCUUUGCGUUCGUGUAUUCCGAAGAAAACGCGUUCAUCAAACUCUUCAAGGAUACAGUCAGUAUUAUCCGGCGUCGAUUCGACGAGAUCGAUUUGGAUAGGCAAUGGGUUGAAGGUCGAAUAGGAAAUGCAUUAAAGAUAUUACGAGAUACCGGCCGGAAUAAAGUGCUGGAAGAAAUAGCUCGACUAGUGCUCAUACGUGAACCUCAAGCUUUUCGACAAUUUUUUGGGCAUUUCUUAGCGAACGACGAAAUGGAAAUGACACCGGCAACUAUUCACCUGCUGCUGGUUAGAGAUUCUUACGGGAUGACUCGUCUUCAUCGAGCAGUUUUCUACGAGGACACGGAAACUGUCGAUCGCCUUUUAGACUGUCUCAGCCAAAGUUUAUCCUCGCCAGUUACGACCAGCACGGCCGAGCAAGUCAUGAAUAAUGUUAUGCUACUAGACGACGAGGGAUUCACGCCAUUCUACGUCGCUGCCGCAUACCUUCACGAAGAAUUAUGCAAUAAAAUUCUCACCUUUUUCAAGAACGUUUUGACCGCCGAUCAGUUACAAACACACCUGACUGCUGAAAAGAUGAAAUUAGUUUACGGAGUAUUAUGGGAAGCGGUAAAAUUCCACAAAAUUCAAAUGUUUACAACGAUUUUGACAAGUGUCAAGCACGUUUUGGGGCAGAACUACCUUUUGGGAAUGUUAUCGUCGAAAAUCGCCUAUGAAAAUCGCAGCAAGACAGUGUUCAAAGAAUGCAGAGAGAAGGUUUUAUUCAAAGCGAUGACAGACAUUGUUCUGAAGGACGACGACAAUGGAUUCCAUCAAUUAAACGACCUGUUUUUCAAAGACGGCAUUUCUAUUCUUUCGCUGGAAUACGUCGACGAUGAAACAUUCAAGAAAAUGCUAGCAGUGAUCGGAUCUGAUAACUGGUGUCUGAAACUACUUCGCCACGAUAUCUGCACUGCAUUUUAUUUACUGUCAUCACCACCCUGCGAACUUGUUCGCCAAUUUCAACAAGAACAGCUGUUGGAUUUGUUGAAAUUGAUUACCACGUCAAAGUGUACCAAACGGAGAAUCCAACAGAGUUAUUGGAACCGACUGCUGCUCAACGUGAAAUGGUGGAAACCUGAUUUCGAGAAACCCAUGGAUGAUUGGACAUUAAUGGAAGUGCUGACCCACUUUUUAAAUCACACCUUUGGGAAAGUUCAAGAAAAUUACAUCAUUGAGCUGUUUUUCGACGAUAAAGGGAUCGAACUUGUCACCCGAUCCCUGUUGCAGUACGGCAAAAACAGUCUCACCAACGGAAUCUUUAAACAUUUGACGGAAGAAAUUCGCAAGUACAAGGAUAUAAAACGUCAUUUAAUGGGCAAAAUGCCUAAAAUAAUACGAGACGUCAUGAAACCCACUAUUCAUUUUUUGAUCGACGACAAUUUGGAAUGGAGUCGGAUAAAGGUAUUAGAUUUUGUCAUGGGUCACGCAGAGUUGACAACUGCCAACGGCGAUUGCUCCGAAUUAUCUACAUUAAUUAAUACCAUUUUGGUUAAAUACAACAACAACGUAAUAAAGAAAGCGAGCAUUUGGGGUGAGUAUUUUCGGCACUUUGAUGAUGAACAAAGAAUAGGAAACCCAACGUACCGCUUGAAAAUGUGGACGGACAACGUUAAAGAAAGAUCGGCAAGAGUUUGCGCAUUCUUGAAAUGCGUGUCUGAAAAGCUCGGAAGCUCCAAAGUAAAAGAAUUGCUGACUCACACUCACGGCGGAGCUACAUAUGAUAUAUCAUAUCUAUCAACUUCGGUCAUUUCUUUGGUGAACCUGAAGGGUCACAACAGUUUUGUAGAAGCAAUGCUAACACACCUGAACGAAGAAGAUCGUAUUCAGGUUCGUCCUCUUCUCGGCAGAGACCAAACUGAUGCUCAGGUACACUCGGCAAGCAGUGAUGAACUAGCUGUUGAGAUCAACGACGAUUCAUCAGAUUGA